ACACGGAGGGGACGUGCCUCCCCGCCCGCGUGUGUCGAGCUGCCCUUCCGGCGCGGAGCACGCCGGGAUAGCAUCCGGGUCCCCCGCUGAGGAGAGCGGCGCUGCCUGCCGAGGCUCUCGUCCCUGCUGGUGCUUCUCCCCCAGGCCGCAGCCCGCUCCCUCCCUCCGUCCGGCGCCAUGGCGAUGCAAGCGGCCAAGCGAGCCAACAUUCGGCUGCCUCCAGAAGUCAAUCGGAUACUGUAUAUUAGGAACCUGCCAUAUAAAAUCACCGCGGAAGAAAUGUACGAUAUUUUUGGGAAGUACGGGCCUAUUCGACAAAUCAGAGUUGGAAACACUCCUGAAACUAGAGGAACAGCCUAUGUGGUCUAUGAAGACAUCUUCGAUGCCAAAAAUGCUUGUGAUCACCUAUCAGGAUUCAACGUGUGCAACAGAUACCUUGUUGUUCUGUACUAUAAUGCGAACAGGGCAUUCCAAAAGAUGGACACAAAGAAGAAAGAGGAACAGCUUAAACUUCUCAAGGAAAAAUACGGAAUUAAUACAGACCCACCAAAAUAAACUCCCCUUUUUGGGAAACUGUUUUCCAGCCCUGCUGCUGAGUUCUUGACCUAAACAUAGGAAUUCUCAAUGAAGUAUAACUUUUUCCUUUAAAUUUUAUAAGCUGUAAUUUGAAUCUUUAGAUCUUCACAUUAGAAGUAACUAAAUGUAAAACAUUGGAAGAUCUGCUUUAAGAUUAAAUCUCCAUAAAUGGACACGGCUUCUCCGUGUUGUCAGAGUGACCUGGUAAGUGCAGCGUAACCCCAGUCCUGUUUCUAGCAGGACCUUUCAAGAUGGGACCAAGCAGGUUGAGCGUUUUGCACCUCCUGAAGUUCCACCCAGCCUCCAGGGCAGGUUUCCAGCAUGUCAGCAGUUAAUCCAGAGAACUGAAGGGGCUCUGCCUGAGCUGGCUGCAGGCAGGUAAAUGUCAUUUGCUACUUUCUGAAAAUGGAGCAUUUCAGUUAGUCUCCCUGUCACAGGGAUUUUUUUGUGCUUUUUAAAGAAGAAUUUAGUAUGGUUUGAUACUUCACACCUGUAUAUGUUACCCAAAUUGUUGUGCCUUUCUCCCUCUGGGAGUGUUGGAUUGUUUGAAGGAACCUCAUUUCCUUAUGUGAUCAUUAGGUGGCUACUUACUAGAAACAAAGCAAGCCCAAAUCCAUGCUUAUAACAGUUUCUUUUACAAACUACAGAAAAUUAUUGCCCUUUUAAAAGAAUCCAACUGUUUAGGUGACUUCAAUCAAAUCAUUCCCAGUGAUUGAGACAAAGCUAAUAAGCUGCAGUAAAAUAAUCUUGCUCUAAUAGUGCAUCGCUGCAGGGUGAUACAGGAACGUUAUUACAUGUACCGUGUUAGGAGUGACAGGAAUAAACCCUAUGCCUUUUAGUGUUUAAGUAGAGAACACCAGACUAAAACGAGGCAGUAAGUGAAGGUGGUAAUUUUCAAUACCUGGAGUGUGAUUGUUUUCUACUUGGUGUGUUUGAACUGUAAUAUAUUUCAUGUACAGAAGUUCUUAGAUGUAGCAUCUGGUGGAAGAAAAACAGAUGUAAAUUGUUUGGCUCGGUUUUUUUCAGCACUCGUCCUACGAAUAAAAAUUAGUGUGCUACAUGGGUUAUGCAUACUCUGUGUUUUGGAAGUGGAAAAGAAUCACCUCUACCUCUGUUCUGAACCCGCUGGGAGUUGCGUGAAUGUCAGUAGUAUCCUGCCUCGGGAGGAUUUAUCUGCUUGGAUGUGGUAUUUAACUCCCUGAGCAGACAACUUGCAGCCAGGGCAGAACAUGGGUAGAUGCAAACAUACUUUGUCUGAGGAUCUGUAGUUUAAGUUAGGGUGGGUUUUUUUUCAGUGCAUUGGACUGUCAUAAAGGGAUGUUUCUGUUUUCUUAUCCUUAGAUUUUUCUUGAAAAUUGUCACGUAAAGAACCGUGGUGGUUUUGGGUCCAUUUAGUAGAAAAAUAAAUGUGUGUCUACAUA